UUGGAACACUGCUUGUCGUACUGCAUAUACAGUAAUAGUGUUUCGGGGAAGCCAUAUCCUGGGAUACAGGGAUUUCCUGACAUUAAAAUAGCUGUGAUAUCUUAAGGGGUAUAUGUUUUGCCCCAUAAAGACAGUACUUUUAUGUACUUAAUGUACAAAAGAAGCCUUAAUGGCGCUGGUCGUGACAAGGGCGGGUCCUAUGUGAGUGCUACAGGGAUGCCAACAUGGAAAUCCAGGGGCUGUUUUUUGCCAUAAACAUUUCAAACAUGGCGUUACACACUGUUUCAUGUAGUCUGUCUAGGGGCCAGUUACUGACUUAAUUUGUCGGGGUUCGACAACGACGAUAAAGCGGGCUUAUAUGUGGGAUCGCCUCCAUUUGAACAUGAAAGUAAUUUGCCAUGGAAACCUCCGCUUCGCCUACUGGCGCAAAAUGGUAGCGAGGCUGAUGACUCGCCCUUCAUCAAACUACAACGCAGCGACUAAAACAACCUGCAUGACCGACAGCGUGGGUCACUUCGUGACGUGAACAUAGAUAAAGACGACAUGUUAAGUCAAUUUUGGUAAGUGCCGUCUGAGAGCUGAAGUACAGUACCUGGAUGUAGAAAAUGGCGGAAGGGGAACCAACGUAAGUUUGAGGCUAACGUUAGCAGUGGCAGCUUUACGGCAGCAGCCAUCAUUGCCAGCGACGACGCUACAAGCCGGGAGAAUUAGGAACAAGACAGCAGAAGGAACGCCCAGGAAUGACAUGGUUUACUUUCCAGCUUAUUCCAGUAUGUUAGAAAGUGUGACAGUCGAGUUGGCUUGUCUGAAAGUGAGACAAAAUGAAAAGCAGAACGCUAGCGUGCACUCAAGCUAGUUCUUGCGACCCCAUGGAGUUCGGAAGCGCAAAUCAUGCAGUUCUUUGCGGCUCUAAUGACCAACCCAAUGGCACCGAGUCGCUGGAUUUAAAAAAAGCGGACGACGGGGAACAUUUUGUUCGCGGCUGGUCAACCGAGGCUGGUGGUGUUAAACAAGCCGGUUAUUACCGCACGGUGGAAGAUGUUGUUUUGACAAACAAAUAUGGCGAGAAGAUAUGUGGCCAGUUAUGUACCGAAAACAACCAAGACAAGGCCCGGAACGAUGAACUCAUUUGUAGAAAUUCAGACAUCGUGGAAACCAUGGACGAGUCGGAACUAAUUUUGGACUCUACGGGGCUUCAGGACAACCUUUCUGCAAGUCCUGCGAAUGAAAGUUUCUCUGGAACCAUCAUGAUCAACAACCAAAGCAUCAUAGUCACCAUAGAAAAUGGAACUUUGACUCUCGCUGCGCCACCGGAUGGAUAUGAACACAAAGAGGACAACAUGGUCAGCCUAAAGGCGCAUUUAGGUAUGAAGGACCAUGAAGAUAUUGUUCUUCUCAACUAUGAUAGUGGCACCAAAGCCAUUGGGAAGAUCAGCACUUUGGCAGUGUCCAGCUCCAGCCACCAGGAAGAGAGCAGACCUGGCUUGUCAGGAUGUGACCCUGAGCUGGCUCUGGUGGACAACACGUCUUUGGCCUUCCCCGGUACCUCCUUCCCCUCCUGUCCUAUGGUCAAACAGGAGGACGCCGUGUUACAUGGAGUCAAGCAGACGAAUGUGGUCACCCUCUCGCCUACAACCACUCCAGCAAACAAAGACUCCCAAUGCGGACAGCUGCUCAGGUCCAAGAAAGUGAUAGUUUCUUUUCCGUGCCCAGUAACAGGGUGCCCUUGUACAUUUGACACGCGGCAAAAACGUAAGGUUCAUCUACUGAAUCAUGCUGAAGAUCCACGCCCCUACCAGUGCACAGUGGACGGCUGCAGCUGGGCUUUUGCCACUUCCUACAAACUCAAACGGCAUCUUCAGUCCCAUAACAAGCAGCGACCGCAUACCUGUCAGUUUGAAGGCUGCGGCCGGUGUUUCACCACAGUCUACAACCUGAAGGCUCACACCAAAGUCCAUCAGCAGGAUGAUGCCUUCAUCUGUGAGAUCUGCAGUGAGAGGUUUCGCAGUGCCACCCGACUCAGCAAUCACCAGAGAGUCCACUUUGAGCCACAGAGGCCACACAAAUGUGAAUACCCAGGCUGUGAGAAAACUUUCAUCACCUUCAGUGCCCUCUACUCCCACAACCGCACUCACUUCAGAGAAACAGGCCACUUUACCUGCACCUACCCGGGAUGCGGCAAGAUAUAUGACAAGGCAUGUCGCCUCAAGAUCCAUUUGCGAAGUCACACAGGUGAGAGGCCAUUUGUUUGUGAUUCAGAAGGCUGCGGCUGGUCCUUCACAAGCAUGUCAAAAUUGCUUCGUCACAAACGAAAACAUGAUGACGACCGACGCUUCAUCUGCACUGAAGAAGGUUGUGGGAAGUCCUUUACGCGAGCAGAGCACCUCAAAGGUCAUAGCAUCACUCACCUGGGCACCAAGCCAUUCCAGUGCCAUGCUGAAGGUUGUAAUGCAAAAUUUUCAGCUCGCAGCAGCCUCUACAUCCACUCUAAGAAACACAAGCAGGAUGCCAGCACACUCAGAAGCCGAUGUCCUGUGGCCAGCUGCUCCAAGCACUUCUCCUCGCGCAGCAGCUUGAAGAGCCACGUGCUGAGACAACACCAGCUCAGCCCUGAUGUUCUGAACCAGAUGGAGACCACGCCCACACUGACCCCGAGCAGUGAGCUAAUAAGCCACACACCAGCAACCGUUGGUGGGCCAGGUGUUGCUGGCAGCGAGCAGCUGACUAACUUGGACCUGAGCUCACUUUUCUCUAAUGUGCCUGUAGCUACCACGUCCACUGGUAUUGGGGUGGGAAUUCCUGUUGGUGGAACCAACUCCACUGGCACUUUUACCAUGGACCUCUCCCUGGUCAACUCGGGUAUCCUUACGAUUGACCCCUCUACAGUUAGCGCAGCUCUUUGCACUUCAACGAGUACUGCAUUGGCCAAAAGUGCCGACCCCCUCAUCCUGGCACCCAGUAUUGACAUGGCUCCCCACCACAGUCUGGAAGGCACGGUGGGGGAUGUUCUGCCUCCUCAGGGCACCCUCAACUUGGAUGAUGUGCAAAGUGUCACACCGGAAGCCUUGGGAACACUUGCUUCUCUGUCCAUGCAGGGUCCCAGUACACCUAUUGAGCCCACCCUUCAGCACCCGCUCAGCUCCUCCAGCGCUCUUAGCGUAGAGGCCUCAGCCUCCCUUGCGGCUGCUCCUAUUUCAGAACUGUUGGUUUCACCCACCAAAGUGGUUGAGGUGGGUGGCCCAGGAGGGUCUGGGCCUCUGCUCAGUUGUGUGGAGGUACUGGGAGGUCAGGAAGGAGCAAAAGUCCUCACACAGUUUGUGUUCCCUGGGCACACCAAUGGCUUCAAUCUGCAGAAAGACGCAGAAAUGACUGCAGUAUCACCCAGCAGCUUCAUGGAUAGUGGCGGCUCAGCAAGGACAGACUACAGAGCCAUUCAGCUGGCCAAAAAGAAGAAGCUGAUUGCUCCUUCCGUCUCCUCUGGUGUCUCUGGAUCAAGUCAGAGAAAAGCAAAAGGAGCCAAAUCUUCCUGCCCUCCAUCAAGUGCUCGUAAUGGUGAAGGAGCUACAGCUGCUAAUGGGGGCCUCACUCUGCGUGACCCUGUCACUGGGGCCCAAUAUGUCCAAAUUCAGCUCCUUCAGGAUGACCCAGCCACUGAUGGAGAGCUCGCCUUCCAGCUCAGCUCCCAGCCAUCCACCUCUCAUGCCCAGCUUACCGUUGACUUACCUGUCAACAUUUUACAGGAACCUACGGUGGUCAUCGAAGAAAACAACUCUCAGUUCACAGGAAGCACAAUCAACCUUCAAGACUUGGAGUGACUGACCUCAGCGUCUCUUUCCACCUCAGUGUGCUGUUUACAUCACAACAAUGCUGCAAUACUCUUUUUCAUAUAAACACUUUAUCAGGAGCGUGUAGAAGCUGCCUUUGGCCAAGAGGCAGAGAACAUGGAAUCCCGGAGAUCAAGCACCUUGGAGAGGUGAUAUGGAUACACACCCUCCCCCCAGAGUAUAGUAAGUACACUUGUUGCAAUAUACAAAAAUCAGGCUUUUUUUUUUUUUUUUUUUUUUUUUUUUUUUUUUUUUUUAAAUUUCAUUGUUGCAUAUUAGGGGUGUCCAAAUGUUUUCCAUCAAGGGGCUGCACAUUGAAGAAAAAAAAAACAGGGCCAUUUUAAUAAUUUUAGUUUAAUUAAAAAAAUAAUAAUAAAAACCUAAGAAGACAAGUUGAAUAUAUUUAAAGACAAAACUUUAAAACUGUGUUAUAGGUGACAGUAUAUCAUUUCCACAAUGUGCUGUGGGCCGCACUUUGGACGCCCCCGCUGUGCAGUGUCCAAACAUACUUAAGGAAGUAAAGCAUUGAUGGCUUGUCUCCAACCUGCUGUUUGAAUAAAUCCAAACAAAUGGAAGUAAUUUGCUGAUAUCGCAUUAUUGUUGAAAUAAUUAGCCAUUUGUUCAACCCGGUCUCUCUCACACACACACGCAUGCACGCACGUAGAUAAACAAGCCAGGACAUCUAUGCCUUUGUGAUGCAUUAUUUGCUGUUUACACUCAAUCUGCCUUACAACUGAAUGAUGCUUUUCCUAAGUACCAAGGGCAUCCAAACUUUUUCCAUCCAGAAAUAUGGAAGAAUGUCUGGGGGCUACUUUGAUGUUCACCUUCCUUUAUCAAGUAGUGCCAGGCAUGUUCCAGUCAUGCUAAACAGUCAAAUAACACGAAAGAAACAUGAACAUGAAAAAGCUUUGUGGUAUUUGUAUUUUCAUGGUAAUGUACUAUCUGAUAACAUUCCACAUCUUGCAACCUUUUAUAUAGUUUUUUUUGUGUUGUGGUCCCAAUCCUGAAUCUUUUGUAAUGUUAUGAUGCGGGCCAUGUUUUAUUUAUUUUUGGAAUACGCCACGGACCAAUUUAAAAUAAAAAUAAGAAGCUGCGGGUAGUCGGGGAAAUGGCGCCACUCUCUUAUAUAUAUAUAAAUUGUGUUAAAUUAUUGAAUUGUAUCUGGAGUGAUUAAUUAAAGGGCAGAGCCAAACCUAAAAGCUAAUAAAAUCAUUUCAAGCACAGUCACAAUUGUUGUGUGCUAUUUUGUCAGCAGAAUGAUAACCAAAGUUUCUCCGAAGGUGGAACAGAGGCCAAAGAAUUAAAGUUGUUCUCUAGGAAUGAAUGAUUCAGUGUUGUGAUUUUUCUUACACACUUUUAUUGUACAUAUGAUAUCAUAAUGCAGGGGUGUCCUGACUUUUCAGUAAGCGCCACAUACAUAAAAUAGGAUUGAUCCAUUUUGUACAUUAAGCCGCUAAAAGCAAUCCAAUAUAGGUCUAUAUAUAGUAUGCUGAACUAUCUGAACAAAUCAUUCACACCUGUGGUAUGAUCAUGGGUCCCCAAAUCCCCGGUCCGCACUCCGGUAUCGGUCCAUGGAUCAUUUGGUACCGGGCCGCACAAGAAAGAAUGAAUAAUUUGCAUUUUUUCCGUUUUAUUUAUUAUCUGAGUCUGAACGAUCUUAUAUUUUGAAAAAGGAUUCCCUGUUAGAUCUCGGUCACAUGAACGCUGAAAUUUAACCCACAAGCUAGCAAAAUAAGCAAGAAACAAACAGUUUCUUUGCGAAGGGGAAAGUGCGCGUGAAUGAGGCAUAUUGGACAUGUUUCAAACAUUAGCAGGGAUUUUGGGUGAGACUGAGUCUGAGCCUUCAUUCUCCCAGCUGGUGCACGAUCACCUGUCUUUGCUUUGAAAAGAGUUCGAACGCUACUUCCGAACCACAAAAGGAAUGGAUCCGCGACCCAUUGCUCCACAAACCAGGUGAAUCCAGCAUGUCUGUGCCUUUUAAAAGUAUGUACAACUCAGCUGGUGUUCUGGAUUAAAGUCAUGGCAGAACACCCCGAGAUCACCACAACAGCACUGAAAACCCUGUUGCCACUUCCGAUAUCCGAUCUGCGAAGCAGGGUUUUCUGGCAACCAAAACAAAACUAUAGUAGGCUGUACAUAAGCAACACACUCCGGGCUAUUACCCCUGGAUGGGACCAUCUCGUUGCAGAGAAACAAGCUCAGGACUCCCACUGAUUUAGGGUUAUGGUGAGUAAAAAUGUUCGUGUAUUUUAUGUUCGUUUUUGUGAUUUAUCUAUCUUACUUUGAAGGCAUGCUUAAACGUUGCCAUAGUGACCAAAUUCAGAGCACGAUAGGGGCAGAGAGGAUGUUACUGAAGUUAUACUGUUGGUGCGAGGUAUGAGGACGCUGCUAGUAAAGUUGCAUACGUGUACACGGGAUUUACAUUAUUUCUCCUCCUUAAAUCGUAUUUAAGUACACUGUGAAUCACCACCUUACCGUGGUGGAGGGGUUUGUGUGCCCGAGUGAUCCUAGGAGCUAUGUUGUCUGCGGCUAUAU